AUGGCAAAAGAAAUUAAAGUUAAAAAAGAGAAAAAAGAAGAGAAAGAAGAUUUUGAAUUGAAAGAGGAUAAAAUUGAAAGUGAAGAAGAAACAAACCAUUCAAAAAAAGAUAAAAAAAAGAAAGAUAAAAAAGAAAAGAAAUCUAAAAAGAGUAAAAAAGAUAAUGAUAAUGAUGACCAAGAAGAAGAUGAAGAAAAUGUAGAAGAUGAACAAGAUGAAGAAUCAGAUAAAAAGAAAAAAAAGAAAGAAAAGAAAGAAAAAAAGAAAUCUAAAAAAUCUAAAAAAUCAAAAGAUUCUGAUGAUGAAGAAGAAGAACAAGAAGAAGAACAAGAAAUAAAACAAGAAGAAGAAGAAGAAGAGGAUAAUAGUAAUAAAAAAGAUAAAAAAAGAAAAAAUAAAGAUAAAGAUAGUGGUGAUAGUAAAAAGAAAUCAAAAAAACAAGAACAAGAGGAAUCAGAUAAUGAAGAAGAAGAGGAAGAUUCAAAAACACCAAUUAAAUCAAGUAAAACUAUUAUGACACCAAUUCAAAAACAACAACACCAACAAUUAUUAAAAAGUCAAAAGAUGGAAUCUAAAUUUAAAAAAGAACCAUCACCAGAUGAUUCAAAAUCACCAUGGUCAUCAUUAUACGUUUCAAAUAUCAAAGCUGAUUUUUGUCCACAAUGCAAUGCAUUUUUAAAUUAUCCAAAGAAUUUUUCACAACAUAUCACUUGUUCAUUAUGUACUUUCUCAAAGAGUAAAGCUGAUUUACUCAAUAAAAAAAUUGUUACUAAAAGUUCUCUCUUUAAUAAAUCAAUUAAAAAUAAAGAAGAAGAUAAUGAAGAAGAUCGUGGUGCAAUUAUUGAUGAAAAAUGCCCAGAAUGUGGUCAUGGUAAAAUGUAUUUCAAAACAGCACAAACUAGAUCAGCAGAUGAAGGUCAAACAAUUUUUUAUGAUUGUGUUAAAUGUUCAUUCAAAUUUUCAACAAAUUCUUAA